GAGUACGGGGGCAGAACGCCAGGGGUCUCUCCGGCUGGGUCACUGAGUGUCUCUCUCUCUUCCAGCACCGGGAGCUGGGCGCAGAUGAAAUUGAAGAGCUGCGCGAGGCCUUCGGGGAGUUCGACAAGGACAAGGACGGGCUGAUCAGCUGCAAGGAGCUGGGCCACCUGAUGCGCACCAUGGGCUACAUGCCCACCGAGAUGGAGCUCAUCCAGCUCUCGCAGCAGAUCAACAUGAACCUCGGGGGCCGGGUGGAUUUCGAAGACUUUGUGGAGCUGAUGACACCAGAGCUGCUGGCGGAGACAGCUGGGAUGAUCGGGCUGCAGGAGAUGAGAGACGCCUUCAAGGAGUUCGAUGCCAACGGGGACGGGGAGAUCACGCUGGACGAGCUGCAGCUGGCCAUGCAGCGCCUCAUGGGCGAGCGGCUCACCCCGCGGGAGAUCAGUGACGUGGUCAGGGAGGCCGACGUGAACGGGGAUGGGACUGUCGACUUCGAGGGUGAGGGGCUGCCCUGGGGGGCUGUGGGUAGUGCUUGCUCAGCCAGGGUGGGUCAGGCCACGUGGCCUGGCAGGGGGCCGUGGGUAACCCCUGCACGGCCAAGGUGGGUCACGCCACAUGGGCCUGGUGGAGAGGCCGUGGCAUCUCCUGGGUCACUACACUUGGCCAGUGGAAAGUCGUGGAGUCUCUCGCUGAAGGCGGGUAGGUUCGAUGAUGUGUCUGUGUCACCGUUGGUGGGAAAGGCAGAGAAGAUCCAUGACACAUCGGUGACCCCGGGGCCAUUGGUGACGGAGAUGGCUCCGGUGAAAAGGCUGGGGGAGGACUAG